UCAUUAUUAGCUUAGCUGGUGAAACAAAAGCAUCCAACUUUAAUAAUCCCAUAAAAUUAACUGAUUACAUAAACAAAUCAGAAUUUCAAAAAUACAUAAUUGAAGACUCCUUAAGAGUAUUGGGUAAAGGGAAAGCAAUCAGAUUUGAGGUCAAAGAUAUAAAUAAACUGAGUCCUCUUCACCAAAUUCAAAAUCUGGGAGAAUGGCAAAUUAGUUGCAAACAACCUGCCUCUAGUAAAAACUUAGGCUGUUCUUAUGGUACAAUUUUCCCAGUAGAGACAGACAUAAGCCCUGAGAUAAUAAAAGAAAAAAUAAGAUCAAUCAGUGGAAAAAACUCUGAAAUAAUAGAGAUAAUAAGAAUUUAAAAAAUAAAUAAAGAUAAGGAAAAUGAAAACAAAUGAAUGGAAACUAAAUCAUUAAGAAUAACUUUUAAAGGUCCCCUACCAGAAAAGGUAGCAAUAGGACAUACUUCAUACACUGUGAAUCAAUAUACUUUCCCAAUCCCAAAGUGUUUUAAUUGUCUCAGGUAUGGCCAUGGGAUAAUGACUUGCAAAAACAAAAAACGUUGUAGUAAAUGUAGCCAAUUUGACCACAGCUACAAAGAUUGCUCAAACUUAGAAUAUUGUUUUUAUUGUCAGAAUAAUCAUGCACCAAACACAAACAUAUGUAAAAUUCACAAGGAGGCACAAGAAAUAAACAAAAAAAAUAUAACACCAAACAACUUAGAAAUAAAAAGACAGUUUCAAGAACUUAAACCAAUACAAAUGAAAUUAACUAACGAAACAAUUACAUUUACACCAGUAAAUAAACAGAUCACAACAAAUGAUACAAACAAACAACAAGUUAAAAUAAAAACAUACUCUCAAACAAAAGAACAGAGUUCACCAACAACAUAUGCACAAACAUUAAACCAAUCUCCGAGUUUAACUUUGGAACAAAGAACGCCCAAAAGAACAAAAACACAAAAUACAAUCAACAAACAAAACGAAACAACAAACACACCAGAAAAAACAAAACAAACAAACAAUGAAUACUCAAGGGAAAAACAAAACAGUCUAAACCAAGCCCUCACUAAACCCUCAUUCCAAAAUGAAUCCCCUGUAGCAUGGACAUUACCAACCCCAAUUAAAGAAAUGAAAACACAAAAUGAAAACCAAAGGGAAAUAAAAGAUUUCUCAUGGAUUGAAACAAUAAAUGAAAUAGUCAACAUAAUUACAAAUGUAAUGACCAAUUUAAGUUCAGAAAAGUCAAUGAUAGAAAUAUUCACAGAUGCCAUAAAAGAAAUAUUGCCAACAGUUAAAAACUUGAUCAAACACCUUAAUGAAUAAAAUAAUGUUAUGGAAUAUAAGAUCAAUACAAAACAAAAAGUCAGAAUUAAAUUAUUUGAUAUAUAAAGAACAACCAGAAAUAAUAGGUAUUUGCGAAACUUGGCUAAAAGGCAAAGAUAAAUUUUCCAUACCAAAUUAUCAAAUAUUAAGGAAAGAUAGGAUAGAACAUACAGGAGGAGGCCUAGCUUUCUGUAUUAAAAAUGAUAUUCAAUUUAGACCCAUAAUUUUAAGUGAUAGAUAUAGAAAUAGAAUAGAAACAUCAGGAAUAAUGAUAAACUAUAAAAACAAAUGGCUAAAUGUUUUACUGAUGUACAAUCCCUGUAAUAAUUUAAAUACGGAAGAAAUAGAUUAUUAUAUAAAUCAAAUUGGAGACCCAAAAAUAAUAAUAGGAGAUUUCAACGCACAUCAUAUCUGCUGGAAUCCUAAAUUGAACGCAAAAUUGGCAAACAAAACUGGCAAAAGCAUAUUUGAAAUCAUUAAUCAAAAUAAUAUAAUAGUAUUAACACCACCAGGCCUAACUACAAGAAUUGAUCCUCAAAGUGCAAAAGGAACCACAAUAGACCUAGUAUUAGCAACACCAUCGCUAGCGCAUUUUGAAGUAGAAACAGGCCCAAAUCUAGGAAGUGACCAUUUUCCAAUAAUUAUAAAAGAUAAUAAUCAUACAAAAGAUAUCCUUUCCAAAGAAAAAAAAUGGAGAUACACAGAAGAAGGUUGGAAUAGAUUCCAGAAAGAAUUGACAGAUAAAGAUUUAGAUAAUAUAACUUCCCUAAAUGAAUUAAUAGAUCUAUUAAAAGACACAGGUUUAAAAUGUUUCAAAUUUGAAAACAAUAUCAAUAAAAACAAACCAAAUAAACCAUGGUGGAAUGAGAGAUGUAAGGAAAUAGUAAAACUUAGAAAUAGAGCUUUCAAUAAAUGGAGGAAAAAACCAAAUAAAGAAAACCAAAUAGACUAUAAAAUAUUAGUAAUAAAAACUAGACAAAUAAUAGAGAGAAAAGAGAAUCGUGGGAAAAAUUUUGUACAACAUUAGAUUUUAAAACUCCUCAAAAAAAAAUCUGGAAUUUCUUUAAAAAGAUAACAGGAAAAAUAACCAUAACUAAUUUCACUCUAAUAGAGAAUGAUCUCCCAGUUUCAGAAAUGCCCAAAAAACUAAAACUAUUCAAAAAAGAAUAUGAAAAUGCAGUAAAUAAGAGGCCCAAGAAAAUAUUGACAAACGAAGAGAGAGAGAGAUUAUUAAAUCUCCCAAAUAAUAUGGAAUUGAAUAAAGAUAUAGAGAUCAAUGAAUUGUUCUCAGCCAUAAGGAAUACGAAAAGAAAUAAAGCCUAUGGCCCAGAUGAAAUCCCUUACGAAUUCUAUAAAUAUGCGCCAGAAAAAAUAAUAAAAAAAAUAUUAAAAGAAAUCAACAAUUAUUGGAAUAAAGGAGAAUAUCCAGAAGAAUUCAAAAAUGUUAUAAUAAAUCCAUUAAAUAAACCUGGUAAAAAACCUUCAGAAACAAAAUCAUAUAGAUUUAUAAGUAGAAUAUCUUCACUGGGAAAAAUUUAUGAAAAUAUAAUAACAAAGAGACUAAUGUGGUGGUUAGAAACUAACAACAAAUUAGAUGAAGACCUUACAGGAUUUAGACCGAAUAAAAAGCACAACAGAUGCGCUACAAAUAAUAGACGCACACAUAAUUAAAGCAAUCAAUGAUAAAAAAUAUGCACUACUAGCAUGCAUAGACUUAGAAAAAGCAUUUGACACGAUAAAUCAUGAUGCUUUAUUAAUAAAAAUGUCGAAAUUAGGAAUUACAGGUAAUUUAUUAAAUUGGACUCACAAUUUUCUUAAAGAAAGAAGGUUCAAAAUAAAAAUAGGUGAAGAAUUGUCGGAAAAAGGAAAAAUGUCAAGCGGAGUACCGCAGGGCUCUCCAAUAAGCCCAACGUUAUUCAAUAUAAUGAUAACAGACUUAAAAUUACCUGAAAUCAUAAAUAAAAUAAUUUAUGCAGACGACAUAACCUUAAUAACAGUAAACAAUGAUCUGACAGAAGCAACAAAUAAUAUAGAAGGAGCUUUAAAAAACCUUAAAGAAUGGGCCACUACAUGGGAUUUAAAAAUUAAUUUAACAAAAAGCAAAAUAAUGUGUUUUACACAUAAAAAAAAUAAGAAAUAUUCCUAUCAUAAAAAUAGAUGAUGAAGAAAUGGUGUUUGCAAAGAAUCAUGAUAUCUUAGGACUAAGAUUUGAUGCACCUAGACUAAACUGGAAAGAACAUAUAGAAAAUAUAAGGAUAAGAUCUUUAAAAAGAAUAGAUAUAAUGAAAAAACUAGCUUCAUACACAUGGGGUGCUAACAAAGAAACACUGUUAAAAUUUUACAAUAUAUAUAUUAAACCUAAAAUAGAAUAUGGUUUAUCCAUUUAUGGAAAUGCAAAAAAUACAGAAUUAAAAAAACUUGAUACAGUGCAAAAUUUAGCUCUAAGAAUAGCAACGGGAUGUUUCAGAUCCACCCCAAUAAUAUCUAUGCAGGCACUAACCAACAUUAUUCCAAUAGAAAUAAGAAUAAAAGAAAUAGAAUGCAUUCAGCUAGCAAAAAUAUUAGAGAAACCUAAUAAAACACCCUUAAAACAACUAGUAAUAAAUAAUAUCAAAGAAUAUAAUAUAAGAAAAGAUAAAAGAUUAUUAAUUUACAGGGCAUUAAAAACUUGUAAAGAUUUAAAACUCAAUAUAAAAUCUAAUAUAGUACAAAAUAUAACCCCAAUACCACCAUGGUAUGAUAUUUCUCAAUAUGUAGAAACUCAGUUCAUAAACAACCAUCCAAAAGAACUUUCAGAACAAAUAAUUAAAAAACAAUUUUUGCGGUUAGAAAAUACAACAUAUAGAGAUAAACAAAAAAUUUUCAGACGGGUCAAAAAUAAAAGAACCUGAGUCAGUUUCAGCCGCAAUAUAUAUUCCAAAUGUAAACAUCACAACAAUCUGGAAGCUACCAAAAUAUAUAAAUAUCACGGAAGCAGAGCUAUUUGCAAUAAAACAGGGACUACAUUAUAUUCAGAACAAUAAAAUAUCAAACUCGGUAAUCUUCACAGAUUCUUAUUCAGCAUUACAAUUGAUAGUAAACCAAAGACCCAAAAACCACAAACACAUCACUUAUGACAUUCAGCAAACAAUACACACAUUAUCAAAACAGAAACAGAACAUCAAAUUACAAUGGAUCCCAUCCCAUAAAGGCAUCAGUGGUAAUGAAAUAGUAGAUCAAGCGGCAAAAAGAGCACACAGAAUAGCAAAUCCCACAGUCAUAACAAAAGACAUUAAUAAUGUGAAAAAAGAAAUAAAAAACAAAAGCAGAAAAACAUGGGAGGAACAACUAUCAGAAAUAUUAAAUACAAAAAAUUAUUAUAUUAAAGACAACAAACCUAACCUUUGGACAAGAUCAAAAAAUAGAAAACUAGAUGUCUGUUUAUCACGUAUAAAAACAAAGCAUACAAGACUAAAACAACAUCUAUAUAGAAUAAAAAUGGAGACAGACCCAACAUGCAGAUGGUGCCAAUAUGAAGAAGAAACCAUAGAACACCUAACACUCCAAUGCCCAAGAUUUAACUCCCAUAGAAAAAAACUUUUUGAAUCAUUAAAAAGAAUAAAAAUAAAUAAUCCAAAUAUGUCUCUUUUAA